AUGAAGCGGGACUAUGACCAUUUGUUCAAGCUUGUUCUAAUUGGUGAUUCUGGCACGGGCAAGUCCUGCUUGCUGCUGCGGUUUGCCGACGAUGCAUUCACCGACAGCUACAUAACCACCAUUGGCGUAGACUUUCGCUUCAAGACAAUACCGGUGGAGCAGAAGACUGUCAAGCUUCAGAUUUGGGACACAGCUGGGCAAGAACGGUUCCGAACAAUUACCAGUGCAUACUAUCGGGGUGCUGAUGGGAUAAUCUUGGUCUACGACAUCUGUGACCGGGAAUCUUUCGCCCAUGUGGAGGAUUGGCUGAAUGAGGUCAACAGGUACGUGAACGCAAGCACUUCGAAGAUCCUCCUGGGCAAUAAAUGUGAUCUUACGGCAGAAAGGCCAGGGAUCGGGCUUACCGCAGUUUCCACAGAGGAGGCACGCCAGAAGGCGGAAGGACUUGGCAUUCCUUUCAUAGAAACUUCGGCCAAGGAUGCCACACAUGUGGAAAAAGCCUUCCAGAUGAUGUCCGCAGAGCUCAUCCAGAAACGUGAGAAACAAGCCACAAGUCGCGAGUGA